UUAUAUAACGGCUGAAGAAAGAGCUAAAAGGCUGCAUAAGGUGGCAAAAAUCAGUUGCAGAAUUAUUUUAAUGCUACAGAAAGAUGACAGAAAUCAGCUUGAACAAAACUUUGAUUGGACUAAACCGUCUCAUGCAAGAGGGAAGCACAGCAGGACGGAUGAGAAGCAGCGAGGAGAUGCAUCCUACGACAGAUAUUUUUUUUUCUUUCACCUGAACUUUGACGACUACGUGGUUCGUCAUAGCAGCUGAUCCCCCACGAUGCCCCAGAGAACGGCUGUGUUGAGGACAAAAGCCCCAGCUUUGAGUCAGUGUGAAUGACCAUAGAAGGCCWUGGCAUUUACUUCAGAAGUGAUAGAUYAGACAGGAGAAAGAUUACAGCAACUACAGUACCUCUUUUAGAUCUCUUUCUCCUGUCAAUGACUCUGCCUUUCGUCUGUGUGUCAACAGUUACGGCUCCGGUUCGGCCCACUCUUUGUAUUAUCGGUCUGUCCUUCUCUUUACUUUUCUCUCUGUCCUUUUUCUUAGUCUGUUAAUCUCCCUCUUUUUUUCUGGCUCCUUCCCAUUCCUUCCUCUCUUCCUUUCCUCUCGGCUUGCAAAUACGAGGGCACUCUAAUAGACCUCCCUCACGUCCCCCAUCAUUUCACUCCUCCCCCCCUCCUCUCUCUCUUUUUCUCUCUCGCUCUCCCAGACAUUCACUCCUUCCCCCUUUUCUGUUUUCAGCCGUUCCCAGAUAAGAAGGGGGCAGAAGUAAUUCUCUUCAGUCUCUUCUAAAGCUGCAGCCACCAGAGAAGAGUGGAAGAAGUAAAAUCCAGAUAUUUACCAUUUAUUAGGUUUUGUUUAGUUGGUGCAUAUUUGAAGGCUUAAGAGAAUUUUUUUUAAAUCUUGUAUUUUUUAAAUUUCAUUUCUACUUAGUUUUUCUUAGUUUUCUCAUAAUUUUCAGCUCCAGUGUUGCUUUCUUCUUCUUUUUUUUCCUGUUUGGAUCUGAACAUUAAGGUUUUGCUUUCAUGAGAGCAGGAGACAAAACCUGAGGARCCUGCCUGACUUCAUGCAGAUGGAUGAAUUCAUCUGAGAGAAACCUGACCACAAGAAACCAAACUAAGAUUACAGUUGGCAAAGUAAACAGAGGUGGGCAUCUGUACCACCAUUCAGGGGGGGAGGAAAUUAACAAUUGCCUCCAAGRUCAACAGGUGCCAUUUUCUGCUGCUCUUUUGAUCCACAAGAGAAGAGGAAUCUUAAAACUGAAGAGACCAUUGUGAAAGAAACAGAGAAACUGAACUCAUGGCUUCACUGUUACAUGCAAGCUUCCUCCUCAGGUGAACUGGGGUCAAAGUGUGAACAAUCUUCCCUUGACCCUGUUAAAGGAAUARCGCUUUAAAAUAUUGAAAGCAUCGUCAUGAAAGGCCUGAAUCUCAGCCGGUUGUUGCUGGUGCUGCUGCUGCUUUGGACCUGGUCCACUGUCAGUGAUGGAGCCGGCGUUGGAGGCACAGAGCGAACGGGAGCUGGAAGAAGCCAGAGAAAAGGAGGAACUGGUGGUGGAGGAGGAGGCGCAGAGAAGAGAAAGAGGCUUCAUCGCAUCCAGCAUGGUCAGUGCAGCUACACCUUUGUCCUUCCAGAGGUGGACGGAUGUCAGAGCGGAGGGUCCCUGUCGCAGGGUGAACAUUACGGGGGCUCUCGUGGCGGGGCGAGCGUUGUGCAGAGAGACUCGCCGCCCGUGGACGGCGAAUGGUCGAAUCAGAAACUGCAGCACCUGGAAAGCAUAAUGGAGAACAACACACUGUGGCUGCAAAAGUUGGAGAACUUCAUACAGAAGAGUGUAAGGCGAGAUGCUGCUAACAUACAGUCGCAUGUUGUUAACAACCAAACAGCCACAAUGUUGGAGAUCGGAACGAACCUCCUCUCACAGACAGCAGAGCAGACACGCAAACUCACUGUGGUGGAAGCCAAGGUGCUGAAUCAAACAUCUAGGAUAGAGAUCCAGCUUCUGGAGAAUUCACUGUCCACCAAUAAACUGGAAAAGGAGCUCUUACUCCAGACCACUGAGAUAAGGCAGCUGCGAGAUAAGAACAGUCGUUUGGAGAGCAAAGUUCAGUUGUUGGAGUCUCAGCAGAGAGGAGAGCUGGAGGACAYGAGRCUGGAGAAGAACCGGCUGCAGUCUGUUAUCAGGACUCAGAUGGUGGCCAUAGAGUCUUUAGAGAGGCAGCUGAGAGUCGCCACUAGCAACAACACGGCUCUACAGAAGCAGCAGGCUCAGCUGAUGGAGUCAGUCCACACACUCAUCGACAUGGUGGCCACGACUACUGGGUCUCCUCCUCGGAGCCAGAUGUGGAAGGACUGUGCAGAUGCUUACAAGGCUGGUCAUUCUGCCAGUGGUCUGUAUCUCAUCUACAUUGGUAACAGGACAGAGCCUGUGCAGGUUUACUGUGACAUGGAGACGAGUGGCGGCGGCUGGACGGUCUUCCAGCGCCGUUUUAAUGGCAGCGUGGAUUUUCAGAGGAGCUGGAGGGAGUACAAAAUGGGUUUUGGGGAUGUGUCCGGGGAGCACUGGCUGGGUAAUGAAGUUUUGUACCUGCUGACCAGUCAGGGUCAAUACUCUCUGCGAGUGGAGCUGCAGGACUGGGAGAGAAUCUCCGCGCACUCCCAGUAUGACCGGUUUACAAUGGCCAGUGAAAGACAGCAGUACAGGUGA